GGUGAUUUCCCUUGUAGCGUUCGCAGGGGCACGGCAGCUAUGUAGGUUCCAUCUCCUCCCGUUUCUGUCGCGUCGACGCGGGAAUCUUAGCGUAGUAGGUAGCGGUGGGCAACGUGCUGCAAUCGAUGUGGGGAACUACCAGGCGUGCUCUGCUGACGUCCUUAUGUUUACCGAUGUUCCCUCCGCUUUUGUCUCAAUUGCAACAAUUUCCGCCUAGAGGUCUCGCGCCUCGUUAAUGCCACCACCAUGCCCAGAGAAAUAAUAACCAUCCAGGCCGGCCAGUGCGGCAACAGCAUCGGAAGCCAGUUCUGGCAGCAGCUUUGUCUAGAGCAUGGCAUCAGCCAAGACGGAACCAUCGAGGACUUUGCGACCGAAGGCGGCGACCGUAAAGAUGUCUUCUUUUACCAGAGCGACGAUACGCGAUACAUUCCCCGGUCCAUCCUGAUCGAUCUCGAACCCAGAGUCAUCAAUACCAUCCAGACCGGACCAUACCGGAACAUAUACAACCCAGAAAACUUCUACGUGGGCAAGAGCGGUCUUGGUGCGGGCAACAACUGGGGUGAUGGUUACCAAACAGGCGAGCAAGUACAUGAGGAGAUCAUGGAGAUGAUUGAGCGCGAAGCCGACGGCAGCGACUCCCUCGAGGGCUUCAUGAUGUUACACUCCAUCGCCGGCGGCACAGGAUCAGGCCUGGGCUCUUUCCUACUCGAGCGACUGAACGACCGCUUCCCCAAGAAGAUCAUCCAGACAUAUUCGGUAUUUCCCGACACGACCAGCGCCGGCGAUGUUGUCGUGCACCCCUACAACAGUUUACUUGCCAUGAGGAGGUUAACGCAAAACGCCGACUCGGUAGUGGUGCUUGACAACGGCGCCUUGUCACACAUUGCCGCCGACAGACUACACGUACAAGAGCCAUCCUUCCAACAGACGAACCAGCUCGUAUCGACCGUCAUGUCCGCCAGCACAACCACCCUUCGAUACCCCGGCUACAUGCACAACGACCUGGUCAGCAUUCUCGCGUCCUUGAUUCCGACUCCUCGAUGCCACUUCUUGAUGACGUCGUACACGCCCUUCACUGGCGACCAGGUAGAGCAGGCAAAGACGGUGCGCAAAACGACGGUUCUCGACGUCAUGAGACGAUUGCUGCAGCCCAAGAAUCGCAUGGUGUCUACUGUACCCGGCAAGAAGAGCUGCUACAUUUCCAUCCUGAACGUCAUCCAGGGCGACGUGGACCCAACCGAUGUGCACAAGAGUCUGCUCCGUAUUAGGGAACGUCGUCUUGCUACAUUCAUUCCCUGGGGUCCCGCUAGCAUCCAGGUGGCACUGACCAAGAGGAGUCCCUACGUGACUAUGGCACAUCGUGUCAGUGGUUUGAUGUUGGCAAACCAUACUAGUAUUGCUACGCUUUUCAAGCGUAUUGUUCGGCAGUACGAUGGUAUGCGGAAGCGCAACGCCUUUAUGGAAGCCUACAAAAAGACGGCGCCGUUUUCUGAAAACCUCAACGAGUUUGACGAAGCCAGGGAGGUCGUCAUGGACCUUAUUGCCGACUACGAGGCUGCCGAAGACGCCAAUUAUCUCAACCCCGAGCUUGGCGAAAACGCGUCGGCUGACACGGACAAGAGAAUGGCUUGAGUCUUGGCCGGACAGAUGAUGGCCAGCUGGG